CGGCGCCAGAAAAUCUCCCGCGAUAAAAGAUCGUGUACCAUCUCCCGAAGUGGACAGGACGAAGACAAUGACAUCGACUCUGUCAUUUACUCGACCUUUUCUCUUCACUAAUGCUUCUAAUCUUCUUCGCAGAAACUGCCUCGCAACCUUUUCCUUCUCUGCAUCUUUCUCCUCCGACAGCCUUCACCAGAAGAAAUGGAGGCAGCCGGUUUCUUCACUUCUUGAGCUUGGCGGAGUCGCUAUUGGGAAACAUGAUGUUGUGAGGGAUGAUCCCACGAACAAUGUCCCAGAUAGUAUUUUUUCAAAACUUGGUAUGCAACUCCACCAAAGAGAUAACCAUCCACUUGGCAUUCUGAAGAAUGAGAUAUACAACUAUUUUGAUACAAAUUACUCAAAUAAGUUCACUAAGUUUGAUGACCUCAGUCCAAUCGUUUCUGUGAAGGAGAAUUUUGAUGAUGUGUUGGUUCCAGAAGAUCAUGUAAGCCGAAGUUAUAAUGAUACAUACUACAUUGACUCGCAAACUGUUCUGAGAUGUCAUACAAGUGCUCACCAAGCGGAGCUGUUGAGAAGAGGCUAUACUCAGUUUCUUGUGACAGGCGAUGUUUAUCGUCGGGAUUCCAUUGAUUCAACUCAUUACCCUGUAUUUCAUCAGAUGGAAGGUGUCCGUGUUUUUUCUCUGAAUGAUUGGGAGGCAUCUGGUACAGAUGGAACAUCUUUUGCAGCUGACGACUUGAAGAAAUGUUUGGAAGGUUUGGCAAGGCAUUUAUUUGGUGCUGUGGAAAUGCGCUGGGUUGAUACAUAUUUCCCAUUUACAAAUCCAUCAUUUGAACUUGAGAUUUUCUUUCAGGAGAAAUGGCUGGAAGUAUUGGGAUGCGGGGUGAUGGAGCAAGAAAUAUUGAAAAGAAGUGAUAAAGAAAAUAAUGUUGCAUGGGCUUUUGGUCUCGGGUUGGAAAGGCUAGCUAUGGUUCUUUUUGAUAUACCUGAUAUCCGAUUAUUUUGGUCAGCUGACGAGCGAUUUACCACGCAGUUCUCAAAGGGCAAGCUAGGUGUCAAGUUUAAAUCGUUUUCUAAGUUUCCACCUUGCUACAAGGACAUCAGUUUUUGGAUCAAUGAUUCCUUCACCGAGAAUAAUUUAUGUGAAGUUGUUAGAGGAGUUGCCGGCGACCUUGUUGAAGAGGUACAACUGAUAGACAGUUUUACCAACAAGAAGAAAGGGAUGACGAGUCACUGUUACAGGAUUGCUUACCGAUCUAUGGAACGGUCACUCACAGAUGAAGAAAUCAAUGAUUUGCAGUGGAACGUGAGAGAACAGGUUCAGAGCAAGUUGAACGUUGUCUUGCGAUGAACAUUGGAAGUGCAACAAUAUCAGUCCAAGCCAUGUAAUGUUAUUUUUUACCUUCUCUACAGAUUGAAUUUUACUCUGUACACCAUUUGAAUUUUGCCUACAAAAUUCUUCUAACUGGGUGAUAGGAAGUGUAGAGUAUAUAACGUAACCAGUUGAAACCCUGAAAAUAAUCAUCAAGAAUUCAAGUGGAGAUGUGCUGCAACUAAUUUUUUAACAUAUACUAUGAGUUUCUUUCCCCUA